GUUCAAAUCAACUUGACUCUUGGGCAGCCACGCGUUUCCCUCUCAUCGUCUUUCAGGUACAUAAUAUGUAACAAAAAAAAAGGAAAAGAAAAAGAGUUCUCUUUACCUUGAUAUAUCCUCGUAUAAAUCUAAAAAAAAGUGGGAGUUUAGAAUUAUCAGGUGAUCAGUUUCUUUCACCUCAGCUGCCCUCUUCCAUCCGCUUCUUAGUCGUGUCACGCGUCGUCUGUUCUCUACAGUAACAGAUAGCUAUAGCGAAAGCUAGCAUCAUGUCUACCACACCUAGAUCAUCAUCACCGGUAAAGCAAUCCCUUUCUCAGGAUGAAGUAGCCGGUGAUCAAUCCAUGAUGGUAGAGCUACCAACUCAUCUGGGUGACCAAACCGAACUUGUUGAGCCAGAGGAGGAUGUCACAGUAAAACUGCAUUCACAAUCGCAGCCACAAUCACCUCCACGGAAGGUUGACCAGGUUCAAGACAUGUCUGCUCUGGCUAGAAAUAUAGACCGUCAGCGUCAAACACGGACACCCGACGCGCAAAAGCGACGGAGCAAUAGGUCGGAAAUGCAGAGUCCCGGCCAUAUCGUUGCAUUUGACUGGGAAGACUUCGAGGAUCGCUACGAGAAAGCCCUACAAGAGGCUGAUGAGCAAGAGAAGCAGCUCUUGGAAGAGUUUGAAACUCUUGUCAAGUACUUCAACGUCUGGGCCUCGGCUUCGUCCGCCCACGAUAAUGAGAGAGCGGUGAAGAGGUUACAAACUCGCGAAAGACACGUUCGACUAUCCGAGCAGGCACUCUUACAAAAGAAGCAGCAUUUAUCCGAAGUCGUGAAAGCUUUCCAGAGCGCUCUAGCACUUCUGAGAUCAACUUGAGCCAAUAUAUUGCAUUUGAUGAUGUCCUAGGCUAUGUCGGCGUUUGCAUUCGAUGUAGGUGAGGGUUACGACAUGACGACUUUUACGACGCUUAUGAAUUAGUUAUGAUAUCGCUUUGCUUUGUACUUGAUUGUGUACAUACAAUUGCUUACUUUAUAACAUAUGUAACUACCUACCUAGAUAUAUAUAGGUAGCUUUAUGAUUUAGGUAUUUUAUGAUGUUUUCUCAA